GAGGAACUCGGCAAAGGAGGUUUCGGUGUUGUCAACAAGCAGAUUUGGAAAGCCACAGGCGACUAUCGUGCAGUGAAGGCGAUUGGUAAGAGGUCGCACAGCAAGUUCGAUUAUUCUAGGGAGCUUCUUGUGAUGGCUAUAUUGGCAAAGGUUUGGCUCCCCGCUCCCAAAGGCCCGGCCUGCUGCCCUUACGGGGUUACUGUCUAAUCGUGUGCUCUUUUAGCGUCCGUCGUUAUUCGUGGAGUUUCUGGGUUGGUUCGAGGAGCCCGAGACUCUGUAUAUUGCAAUGGAAUAUCUUAAGGAAGGCGAUCUUACCAAGCAUGUCGGCACACUGCUACCACAAGAAACGGUUCAAGUUAUUACAAAGCAGAUACUCGAGGGUCUCGAAGUAAUGCAUGAGGAGGGAAUCGCUCAUAGGGACCUAAAGCCUGCGGUAUGGACCUUACAGCAAAAAAAAACCCUACUUGACAACACCGAAUCGCAGAAGACUAAUUAGUGAAAAGAACAUCUUCGUAGUUUCUAUGUCUCCCGUCUGGGUCAAACUGGGGGAUUUCGGAAUAUCAAAGCGGGUCCGGAUUCAAGAUACGACAACCUUUCAUACUCAAGUGUCAACUCCAAUGUACAGUGCUCCCGAGGUGCUGGGACUGAACUCCAACAGUGAAACCUCCGCCUACACGAAUUCUGUCGACAUCUGGUCACUCGGGUGUGUGGUAUUUGAGUUACUUGCGGGGACAACGUUAUUCUCCUCGGAGAGCCAAAUAUACCUUUACUUCUUUAGGAAAUGGCCGUUUCCGGAGGAUAAAUUAAAAGAGCUAUCACCCCCGCCAGACGAUGUCGGAAUUUCAUUACUGAAAUCCAUGCUCACAAUUGAACCCGAGGAUCGCCCUACAGCCCCGCGCGCACUAGGCCAUGAGUGGUUGAUGCACCUUAAGAGCGAGGGUGAGCGGUCUAGAGGUGAUCGGGGUGAGGUAGCGCGAGGUCGGAGUGUG